GAACCCUAUUAUGAAUGCCUGAACCAGAAAAUGGAUAAUAACACUAAUAAUUCAAGUGAUGGACAGAUAGAGCACAAGAAUAAUAACCAGGAAAUGGAUACUGAUAUCGAUAAGGGUCUGAAAAUGUUGGAUUGUCUGAAACAAGUGAUGAAUGUAUCAAUCAAUUCAACCAACGAUCGAGAAAUUCUAGGAAACUACAGUUUAAAUCGAGACCUUUUGUGCGAUAAAUCUCUGCGUAAAGAGUCGUUUGAAUCGGAAGAGGGAAAUGAGACACAAAAAGUGGUCCAAUAUUUCCAAUUUGAUUUAACUGUUGAUUCCAUAAUACAAAAGUGUCAAAAGUCUAAUAAAAUAAAAGUCAAAGAUUUUUACGGCAGUUUAGCGGCCGAUAAACUGCGAGACGUUGUGGACUGUCAACUGAAGGAAUUGAAACUCAAUGCACCAGAAAUGGGUUUAUAUCAACAAAAAGUGGAUUCAAUUGACUUUUUAUAUCACAAUUAUUACUGA